AUGGCUCGUACAAAGCAAACCGCUCGUAAGUCUACCGGAGGAAAGGCUCCUCGUAAGCAGCUGGCUACCAAAGCUGCUCGCAAGAGUGCCCCAGCCACUGGAGGAGUGAAGAAACCUCAUCGUUAUCGUCCAGGAACAGUCGCCCUGCGUGAAAUUCGUCGUUACCAGAAAUCCACCGAAUUGCUGAUCCGCAAGCUGCCAUUCCAGCGUCUGGUUCGUGAAAUCGCUCAGGAUUUCAAAACCGAUCUGCGUUUCCAGAGUUCGGCCGUCAUGGCUCUGCAGGAAGCUAGUGAGGCUUAUUUGGUCGGUCUGUUCGAAGACACCAAUCUGUGCGCCAUCCACGCCAAGCGUGUGACAAUUAUGCCAAAGGACAUCCAGUUGGCCCGUCGCAUCCGUGGAGAACGUGCUUAAAUUUGACAUUUUUUACAAUUCAUAAUCGGUCCUUUUCAGGACCACCAUAAAUUUACAAAAGAACUGUGGGCGGAAUGCUUUGUUUCCAAAUUUUUUAACUUGAAACUACAGCGGUGAUAUAAAGCAAUUAAU